AUGGAUCGCCAGGAGGUUACGCUUCUUGUGCUAAUCGACCUAAGUGCCGCAUUCGAUACUAUCGACCUGCAUGCAAUCCUCCUGGAGACACUUGAAAAGGACUUUGGUGUAACUGGAAAUGCCGUCAAAUGGCUAACAUCUUAUAUAUCCGAGAGAAAACAAACGAUUUUAAUUAAAGACCAUAAAUCGGAAGUUUUCAAUCUUCAAUCGGGAGUACUGCAGGGUAGCUGUCUUGACCCUCUCCUCUUCAUACUCUACGUGGCUGGGUUAUUUAAGAUCAUUGAUAAAAAUCUUUCUAAUGCAUAUACUUAUGCAGAUGACACCCAGAUUUAUCAUUCGUUUCGGCCAGAUACAUCUCUAUCGCAAGAUGCUGCACUAAAGAGUAUUGAAAACUGUGUUGCUGACAUUCGUACCUGGUGA